UAUGAAUUAUUUUAUUUCUACAGUUUUAAUGCAUUAAUAAAUCGAUAUGAUUUAAUUCUUAUGAACCCUUGCAAUUUUCGUGCCUCUUAAUUUCAUUAUUAGCCAACUUAUUUCCUUAAAACUAAACAUUUCAUUUGCUCGUGUUCGUAAUAAUGAGCUUAGUCGGAAAGAAGUGUGAAUCAAUAUCGCUUUCUGAAACAAACAGGGGAGAUCUCAUUCCUAGUGAAAUAACUCCCGACGACGUAUUGCGGCUGAAUAAAAUAACAGAAACCUAUUUAUGCAGUCCAGAAGCAAAUAUAUAUGAUAUAGAUUUUACCAGGUUUAAGAUUCGUGAUUUAGAGACUGGUACGGUGUUAUUUGAGAUUGCAAAGCCUCCUACGGACUUUGGUGUUGAUAAUGAAGGAGCAGAAGACGCUUCGGAGGACGCUCUUGAUCCCAAUGCAGGAAGAUUUGUAAGAUAUCAAUUUACACCUCAAUUUCUAAAAUUGAAAACUGUUGGUGCAACAGUUGAAUUUACAGUGGGUGCUCGUCCAGUUAAUCAUUUCAGAAUGAUUGAAAAACAUUUCUUCCGGGACACCUUGUUGAAGACGUUUGAUUUCGAGUUUGGCUUUUGUAUUCCAUUUUCAAGGAACACUUGUGAACAUAUUUAUGAAUUUCCAACACUGCCACCUGAUCUAGUUGAUGAAAUGAUUGCUGCACCAUUUGAGACAUGCUCAGAUAGUUUCUAUUUUGUUGACAACCACCUUGUGAUGCAUAACAAAGCAGAUUAUGCAUAUAAUGGAGGCAUUAACAAGUGAACAUGAUGUUCAGUUCCUUAUUAAAAAUUGGCACAAUUUUGUUGUACACAAAUUGAUAAGUCUACACAAAAUUAUAUGCAAAAUUUGUAAACACAAAAUUGUUCAGAAUUUAGAAUAUCAUGUAGUCAUUCUAAGCUAAUUUUAGCUUAACAAAUAUUCUGUUUAGUUAAUAUCUAUAGGCCUUUUUCAUCUUUGUGGUGGCUCAAGGUCAACUGUGCUUUCCCACAUCUUUGUGUUCUGCGCAGUGACUCAUGUGUUCCGUACCACCAAAAUGUUUGAUAAACCUUAAUUUUAAAGAAAACAAACAUUCCAUAAUUGCGAACUUAUUUGUUAUACAUUCCAAUUUAUAAUAAUUUAUUUAACUUUAAAGAAAAACAAUUUAUGUGCACUCGAGCACUAAUAAAUUAAUGUGUUCAAUUUAUACACAAGUGCUAUUUUACACAAUAUUUUAAUAUAAAGCACAACAGUAUUAAGGAUAAAUGAUUU